AUGGAGGUGGUCCAGAAGGGUGAAGAGCUCAUAACAGCUGCAAUCCAGUCCCAGGAGCCCAGUACCAAAGGUUCUGAAGUAGUAGUUACUAAGGAUGUGGGUGAACCAGGCAGCACUACAAAAAGAAAAUGCAAGAGAUUAGUGAUGGCAUGGACUGCAAAAUGUCAUGAGCUGAUCAAUGAUCCAGAGACAGGCCUGCAUUGUGCUUCACCAUUUGAGGACAGCAUUGGAUUCAGCUAUAAAGGAAACAGGAGUGACAUUGGGGCAACAGACUGCAUGCCCAGCAGCAGUGAAGAUGUAGUAUCACCCUGGAAAUGGAGACCAGCCAUUGAUGGAGCAAGGAAAAAGUGCGGCAAACAAGCUGCAUUGGGCAUGGGCGAACAUUCAUCAUCAUCAUCAUCAUCAUCACCAUCAUCACCAUCACCAUCACCAUCACCACCAUCAUCACCACCAUCAUCAUCACCACCAUCAUCAUCACCACCAUCAUCAUCACCACCAUCAUCAUCACCACCAUCAUCAUCACCACCAUCAUCACCACCACCAUCAUCACCACCAUCACCACCAUCAUCAUCACCAUCAUCAUCACCAUCAUCAUCACCAUCAUCAUCACCAUCAUCAUCACCAUCAUCAUCACCAUCAUCAUCACCAUCAUCAUCACCAUCAUCAUCACCAUCAUCAUCACCAUCAUCAUCACCAUCACCAUCACCAUCACCAUCACCAUCACCAUCACCAUCACCAUCACCAUCACCAUCACCAUCACCAUCACCAUCACCAUCACCAUCACCAUCACCAUCACCAUCACCAUCACCAUCACCAUCACCAUCACCAUCACCAUCACCAUCACCAUCACCAUCACCAUCACCAUCACCAUCACCAUCACCAUCACCAUCACCAUCACCAUCACCAUCACCAUCACCAUCACCAUCACCAUCACCAUCACCAUCACCAUCACCAUCACCAUCACCAUCACCAUCACCAUCACCAUCACCAUCAUCAUCAUCAUCAUCAUCAUCAUCAUCAUCAUCAUCAUCAUCAUCAUCAUCAUCAUCAUCAUCAUCAUCAUCCAGAUUCCGAGGCCCCAUGGCAGCAACAGCAGUCAGUGAUUCUGGAUCUGGAGCAGACUUCCUCACUUGGCUGGCCAAUGUAACUGCCAUGAUCAUUGCAAAUGUGGUGCUAAAUACCCACAUGGCAGAGGUACACUCCUUCCUGAUUGGCUGCCCAUGA